AUGAGACACUUUCUCACAGUCGUCCUGGGCCCUUCAUCUGAAAUAAGAAGGAAGACGAUGAUCACAAUUUAUUUACAUACAAUUUAUUAUUUGUAGCUAUUCACUGGACUUCAUUGUGCUCUUUAGAAGGUCUUUUGGAUCUUUUUUUUUUGAAGCGCUGUAGUGAUCAUCAUUUAAGGGGGAAGCUUUGCCUCACAUUAAGUUUGGACAGAUUGAAAGGAAACUACACAAAGGAUGAGGAAGAACAUUGGCCUGUUCCUGCUGCUCUUGAGCCACAUCAUCACACCCUCAUCAGCACAAAAUACAAGCACCACGUCCACGAAUAUUUCACUACCGGUGGACGUCUCUGUGUUUGUGGGGGACCCCGCUGUGUUAAGCUGUGGUGGGCCUAAAACAUCUGCUGUCACCUUCACUUUGUUCGGGGGACACGGAAAUUACAGCCUCACCUGCCCUGGUGGGCAUGUGGAAGACAUCCCCCAGGCUGUUUAUGGAAGUUGUCAUCUAAAACAAGGACAGUCACUUGCUGUGUGGACCAUCAGAGGAACGUCCAAUUCAGACAAUAACACACGAGCCGUUUGUCAGUUGCCAAAUGGUUUCGGGUCUUCUACUGCCACCCUGCGUGUUUAUGAUAAUGGAAUGAACACGGCCAUCCUCAUUGGCUGCGUCAUCGGGGCAUUCUUUGGUACCGUCCUGGCAUUUGCUCUGUGUUUCAUAUUUCUGCAGAGAUCUGAGACCUUCCAGAAAUGUUUCCGGGGUAAGGAAGAAGAUGAUGAUACAUUCUCAAUCAUAUCCAAGGAUUUUUCAAAGCAAAAGAAAAAUAACCUUCAAGCCGACAACUGACAUAAUAAAAUCUGAAUUCAAUUCAAUAAUCUGUUCAAGUGACAAUAUGGACUGUUAUCAAUGUAUAGUAAAUUCAAAACAAAAGAAAAAUAACCUUCAAGCCGACAACUGACAUAAUAAAAUCUGAAUUCAAUCCAAUAAUCUGUUCAAAUGACAAUAUGGACUGUUAUCAAUAUAUAGUAAACAUGAACGAGUUAAGAUGGCAGAAGACAGAGUAAAAAUGUUGUUUUGAGGUUUCAGUGACACAACAGGGAUUUCAACUAACCCUGCAAGUGGAAUCACUUCCAAUGACUGCGAAUUGGGAAAGUGCAGAGGGAUCACUGAAAGAGUGGAAGAAGUGCAUGUCGGGAAAAUUAGAGGCGGGGCUGUGUUUUGUGAUCCCUCGUGGUCGUGUUUUUGUUUUCACCCACAACAUUCAAAGAAAAUAUCGAGCUGUUUAUGUAAAUUUGUAAAUUAUAAUUGCAAUGUGAAGCAUU